AACGACCUUCACCAUCAACAAAGUCGCAAUUACCCAUCUCCAUCACAUAUAUCUCAAUAUGAGGCCAGCUACCCGUUUCGCCGGCGUUGCCGUCCGUCGCGCUAUGCGCAGUCCCUUUCGCACUCAAUCGCCUGCCAAUUGCGUCAUUGCUAGCAGAGGUCCAGCUGUCCGCCAUGCCAUGCCCGCUCGAAGCCUACACGCAUCAACAGGCAUGCGAAGUAUCAUGCCUGAUGCAGAAAACCCAAAGCCAAAGGAGAGUGAAGCCCAUGAUGAACCUGGCAAGCCUACAGAACUCUCAAUAGAAGAGUUCCACGAGCGUGCAGACCACUACCUGGGCGAGCUAUUGCAGAGGUUAGAAGAGGCGCAGGAAAAGGACCCGGGAAUUGAAGUCGACUACAGUGCCGGCGUCCUCGAAGUCACAUCGCAACAGAACACCUUCGUCCUCAACAAGCAGCCCCCGAACAAGCAAAUCUGGCUCAGCUCCCCGAUAUCCGGACCUAAGCGGUUCGAUUGGGUCGUCGCACAGGAGGGUAUGGACUUCAAGGAAGGUGGUGGCGUUGGAGACUGGGUAUACAUGAGAGAUGGAAGCUCCCUGACGGAAAUCAUCAGGAAAGAGCUGGGCGUUGACGUCAGUGUCGACGACGAGGUUCCGCGCUGAUACGCAGACUCUACCCAGCAGGAUAGAGUAGGCACAUGGUAGUCCACUUCAAGGAUGCACUCAGACUCAUGCUAGUCACGAAGGCUAGUCACGAAAAUAAUGGUAUAAUUCAGCCGACA